AUGCUUCAAGGAAAGAAACCUAAGGAGAAAAAGAUGGUCCCAGCCCUUGCUGUCAUGAAGAAGGUGGUCAGUCCUCUGUUUGAGAAAAGGCCCAAGAAUUUUGGCACUGGACAGGACAUCCAGCCCAAAAGGGGCCUCACCUGCUUUGCCAAAUGGCCCCACUACAUCCGGCUUCAGAAGCAAAGGGAUAUUCUCUAUAAAGGUCUAAAAGUGCCUCCCAUGAUUAACCAGUUCACCCGCCUGGACCAUGAAAUAGCCACUCAGAUGCUUAAGCUGGCUCACAAAUACAGACCAGAGACAAAGCAAGAGAACAAGCAGAGACUGUUGGCUUGGGCUGAGAAGAAAACUCUUGGCAAAGGGGAUGUCCCCACUAAGAGACUGCCUGUCCUUCAAGCUGAGGUUAAUACUGUCACCACCUUGGUGGAAAAUAAGAAGGCUCAGCUGGAAGUGAUUGCACAUGAUGUAGAUCCCAUUGAGCUGGUUGUCUUCCUGCCUGCCUUGGGUAGUAAAAUGAGGGUUCCCUACUGUUUUAUCAUCUAGAAGGACAGGCUAGGGGCAUCUGGUCCACUGGAAGGCUGCACCACUGUUGCCUUCACACAGGUUAACUCAGAAGACAAAGGAGCUCUGGCUAGGCUGGUGGAAACCAUCAAGACCAAUGAUACUGGCAGAUAUGAUGAGAUCUGCUUUCACCUGGGAGGCAACAUUCUGGGUCCAAAGUUGGUGCCUCACAUUGCCAAGUUGGAAAAGGCAAAGGCUAAAGAAUUGGUCACCAAACCGGACUAAGUGUACACUGUUGAUUUUCCUGUAUGUAGAAGUAAUAAAAAAUUCUUUUUCACAAAAAAUGGUGGGGGUUGCUAAUGUCAUAAUGUUAUCUGCUUGUUGGUCUCUGAACUUUAGAUUGUGUGGUAUUGUAAAUUUUCUUUUCAAAAUCUAGUUUGUGACCAGUCGCACCAUUCCACGAUUGCUCUGGAAGGCAAUUUUAAGCUCUUUCCUAGAUGUUCCAAGAUGAUAAUUUCAGUGGAUUUGUCUCAUUUCCCAGUCUCAAAGGGAAAGAGAA